AUGGUGGUGUUCGUCGACCUGGACCAAGAUGCCUUCACCCAGCAUCCCGGAUCCAUACCCUUGGGGAACUCAUUCCCAUCCAAGCUGACCGCGCUCGCUUCCGCGACCGCGACCGCAACCGCAACCGCUUCAGCCGAUUUCCCUCCCCCCACAUCCUCGGACGAUAUCCACACCGAUCGCGCCGAUAUCCCAGGCUUGAAUAUCACAGAGGAACCGAUAAAUCCCAACAGGAAUGCCUUCUCCGCCGCCUUGAGCUGUUACCCUAUUGUCAAGGAAAUCGCUCGCGCAAUCGACCUAAAUACCCUCUACGACUUGUCGCGCACAUGUCGCCAGUUCCAUGUCAACCUGGCCCCCUUCCGGCACCAGCUGGUGCGGGAGACUCUUCGCUGUGAAAACGAGUAUAUCGAGACAGUCGCCGAGAUGUUGGACGCCGGCACUGCGAUUCCGAAUAGCGUCAAGUCUGUUUUACAGCUGCUGAGCCAGGAGAGCUCGGAGUCAGGUCGGAUGACGCGCGGGAAGGUGGGCAAGUGCGCGCGUGACCUGGUUGGUGACUGCGACAAAUGUCGUAAGGUUGUGUGUAGGAACUGCACAAUCAAGCCGCCUUCUCAACAAGCUAUGAAAGCGCGUAUACGUCGGCUCUGUCGAACGUGUAAAUCGGCGCCCCUCUCUCAUCAUCUGUCAGCGAGGACGGGUGAGUUCUCUUCACAUCUCGAAACGGAUAUCAGUGAGAACAAAGUGGCGACACUAUCGCAAAAUAUCUGCCACUGCCAUGACGCACUCUGGCUCUGUAUCCAUUGUGGCCAAUCCCUCCGCAGCAACGAUACUACCUACCGCCGCGUAUGGGCCUGGCGAACCCGGUACAGCACAUAUCUCGGCGGAGGACUAGGUACCGGAAUCGGCGAGGGCAGCCAAGGUGUGAAAUGCGGACGUGGCGAAGCUUGUCUUGCGGGUCAAGAGAUCGAGCUCGAAGUUGACUGUGAAGCGGAUGAAGGGUCAGAUACAAGCAGCACGGGCUAUCAUAGCCCGGUGAGUCAUCCGUCUGCAUCGGCAUCAUCGAAUUAUCACCAUGAGCUGGUCUCGUCGGAUAGCCAUGAUGACGAGGAGCCGGGCUAUUUCCGGCAGGAGGUUAUUGGGUUAGGGGGUGUUGUGAAGCACAAAGCUAAGAAGAGGGUUAUGGUCGGGGCUUGUGUGCCUGAAUAUGAGGAUGAGAGGGAGACGGGAAAGUAUCUUGUUAGGGAGGAGAGUGGUUUGCAUCGAGCUUGGUGUGGGUGGUGUUCGAGGGUGAUUCCGGCGCAGAAUGAACUUGAAUAA